AUGGAUCGAAUAUCAAACUCAAAGUCGGAAACAAUUACACCAACUGAGUCAUCAAAGGCGUCACUGUCACCAAAAGGAUCUACCGCAAAUGGAAAUGUCGCCACUGCCAAGAAGACAGCCGAAGGUCUUGCCGGACUCUAUGAUUCCGAUGACGAUGAUUCGGCUGGGAAGGAUGGUGGGCUGGAUGCACUUUUUCUUGUAAGGAACAAGCCGGAAGAGAUUGAGCGAUAUGUAAUCCAUAUUCGAAAAAUGUUGCUAGAAGGAGAAGGCGAAACGGUGGUCGAAAUAGGUGUUCCCAUCGACCAAGGAGGGAAAGCAUCAGGCAUACCAACAAAAGACAUGGAAGUAGCUGUGGCUAAUCACGUCAAAGCUCUUGCAAGUAUCCCGGCCAUAGGAACUAAAAUCGAAACACGAACCAACGGUACGAAGUCCACAGAAGUGUGGAUCGUGCGAGAUCCACCAAAGGAGGAAGAUUUCAUUGAGGUUCGAGUUGCUGUGGUCGGGAAUGUGGAUGCGGGGAAAUCGACGUUGUUAGGUGUUUUGACCCAUAGCGCUCUUGAUGACGGAAGAGGUCUCGCUCGCACGAAGCUCUUCAGGCAUAAACAUGAGUUCGAGUCUGGCCGCACCUCUUCAGUUGGUAACGACAUCCUUGGUUUCGAUGUUCACGGUACGGUAGUUAAUAAACCCGACCCGCAUAAUAAUAAUCUCGACUGGGUGCAAAUAAGCAGAGAUUGCUGCAAGUUGAUAACUUUUAUUGAUCUGGCUGGGCAUGAAAAGUAUUUAAAAACAACAAUAUUUGGAAUGACAGGACACAUGCCAGAUUAUACAAUGCUUAUGGUUGGUGCGAACAUGGGUAUUAUCGGAACUACCAAGGAGCAUUUAUCUCUUGCGCUUUCACUUUCAGUUCCAGUAUUCAUUGUAGUCACGAAGAUAGAUAUGUGUCCGCCUCAGAUAUUGGAGGAGACAAUGAAGAAUAUUGGACGAUUAGUAAAAAGUGCUGGAGCUCGGAAGCUUCCUGUCAUGGUGCGUAACACGAAUGAUGUGGUCCAUGCUGCUGUAAAUUUCCCCAGUAAACGAGUUUGCCCCAUUUUCCAAGUUUCCAACGUUGAAGGAACAAACCUCGAUCUCCUCCGGCAAUUUUUGAAUAUUGUUCCAUUGCGUCGUACACUUUGUGAAGGGGAUCCGGCACAUUUCCAAAUUGAUGAUGUCUACUGGGUAGAAGGAGUUGGUACCGUUGUCUCUGGAACAGUACUUGCUGGAACCAUCAAGGUCAACGAUACACUCUUGCUUGGUCCUAAUUCCGUGGGGGAGUUCAUACCACUGCCUGUCAAGUCUAUUCAUCGAAAACGUAUGCCGGUUUCAAGUGUUCGGUGUGGUCAAACGGCUUCAUUUGCCCUAAGGAAAAUCACCAAGCGCGAAGUCAGGAAAGGCAUGGUGAUGGUGGAUCCUCGAUUGAACCCUAUCUCUAGUAUGCAGUUUGAAGCUGAAAUUCUUAUACUCCAUCAUCCAACCACGAUUAAGCCCAAUUAUCAAGCUAUGCUGCAUAUUGGGUCCAUUCGGCAGACUGCAACACUUGUUAGCAUGACAAAGGAGGUGCUGCGUACCGGUGAUCGAGAUCGUGUGACGUUCAGAUUCAUUCGCCUGCCAGAAUAUAUACGACCAGGCACUCGCAUGGUUUUCCGUGAAGGCCGCACAAAAGCUGUCGGCACGGUGGUGAAUGUGAUCCCACAAGCGACGUUAUCACAACAAAGAUCCAAGUUUAAAGACAAAACUAACAGGACAUUUGUCAAGCGAGGAGGACCGAAGCCUCCCAACGGAAAGCAAAGUUGGAAAAGCGGCCAAAGGAACACGCAUUGCAGAACUUCGCUUCUAAUUCGUUCCGCCGACUCAUUGUUUGCACAUUCGGAAUCGAGCAAAUCGUAUGUUAUUUUAGUAUUAAGGUGGAAGAUGUGUUUUCGAUGGUCGAACGGUCUGUUGGUGUAUAUCAGCUCUGUGCUAUUGUACCAAUCAACAUAUAGCGAGCAUUUUUCAAUUGGCGGGUUUCAUAAGCGUGGCUAUCGGUAG